AAAAGAAGGAGGACCCCAUUAUGCCAACCUAGCAUUGCAGUCACGGCUGCUAGAGGGAGUGAUUUACAAUGGAGUUUAGCGAUAUUCUUGAUUCUUUGGAGGACCUGGGAUACCAGGGGCCACUCCUAGAGGAGGGAGCGCUUGAGACAGCGGUGACUGGUGGUGCUGCAUCUCCAGAGUUCACUAAAGUGUGUGCUUGGCUUGUGUCUGAGCUGAAGCUCUAUUGCAAACUAGAGGAAAAUGUGCAGGCGACCAACUGUCCGAGCGAGGCUGAGGGGUUUCAGCUGGAGAUGAGUGGGCUUUUAUCUGAGCUGUGCUGUCCAUAUCCUGCUCUCAUCACUGGAGAGGUCACAAAACGUCUGCUGAAUGCAAACAACUGCCUGUUACUGCUAGGCUUCUUGAUCUCCGAGCUUGAGUCGUCCAGGAUGAGCCUGGUGAACCAUCCUCAGAAGAAGGUGCAGGAGAGUAAUGUUUUCAUAGAGCUGAAGGGCAUCUGUAUGGCUCUGGGCAUGUCCAAACCGCCUGCCAACAUCACCAUGUUCCAGUUCUUCAGCGGGAUUGAGAAAAAGCUGAAGGAAGCUUUGUCCAAGGUCCCUUCAUCUCAUAUAGGAGAACCACUACUGAAGAAACCACUGGGUCCUGUACAUUGGGAGAAAAUUGAAGCAAUAAACCAAGCACUUAUGAAUGAGUAUGAAGUCAGAAGGAAGAUGUUGCUGAAACGACUGGAUGUGACUGUGCAAUCUUUUGGCUGGUCAGGAAGAGCCAAGACGCACGCUGAUAAACUUUCAAAAGUGUACCAGCCUCUUCGUGUGGCGCUGGCUGCUAAAACCAGAGUGUCUGUGGCCCACCUGUUUGCUGCUAGAGAAGAUUUAUCAAAGAUCCUGAGAACCAGCAGUGGUCACAUCAGGGAGAAAACGGCCUGUGCCAUUAACAAGGUACUGAUGGGUCGUGUGCCUGAUCGAGGAGGGAGACCCAAUGAGAUCGAACCCCCACCUCCGGAGAUGCCUACGUGGCAGAAACGGCAAGAUGGUCCACAGGGGGGUGGCGGAGGACAGUACUACUCCGGUGGUGGUGGUGGUGGAGGAGGAAGAGGUGGUGGGCGAGGUGGUUAUGACCAGCAGCAGGGCAGCCGCGGAGGUCAUGACAGAGGAGGUGGUGGCGGCAGAGGUGGGAGAGGAGACCACCGUGGGGGUAAAGCUCAGGGGAACUGGCAGGACGGCUCUGGCGGAGGUGGAUACCAGGGUCAUUACCAGGAUGGUGGAUAUCGAAGCAGUUAUGGAGGAGGAGGAGGAGGAGGAGGUGGAGCUGGCUACCAUGGAGGCCAGCAGGGGUCUGGAUACCAAGGAGGAGGCUACCAAGGAGGCCAGCAAGGACCGGGGUACACAGGAGGAGGCUACCAAGCCGGAGGUGCGAGUUUCCAGCAUGAGGGCUACUAUCAGGACGGAGGUCGACAUCAGGAGAGAGGUGGAAGGGGCGGUCGUGGGGGUAGAGGGCGGGGAGGAGGAGGAGGAGGAGGGAGAGGAAGUGGGCAGGGAGGAGGAUGGGGUGGAAGAGGAGGGCAGAAUUUUAACCAAGGCGGGCAGUUCGAGCAGUUCUUUCAGCAAGGUGGGCAACAGUAUAACCAGGCUGGCUUUGGACAGGGAAGACAGUUCACUAGCUGAAAAAAGACAGUUACUGCGAUCUACAGCUUCAAAGGGGACCCACAAUUCUGUGAGGGUGGUAGACUGAGAGAGACGCAGGCCUCUGAAUGAGCAGAUUACAUUACAUCUCAUCAUUCCCAUGGUGCCUCUGGAGUCUGCUUUACCGAGAUCGCCUCUGAAUGAACAAUGUGCUUCUGCAUGUGUACGGUUGGUCUAAACGGUUCUGCUUCCACCAGACAAUUCAAACUACUUCACUUAUUUAGAAGUGCGUGGUUGGGUCGCCAAAAAACCCCGGGAUGAACUUUGUGUUGCUGGGUUUGUUUUCAUCUUUCUUCCUCAUUGAUGAUUGACAUCGGUCGAAUCUACUGCCUGAUCUACGCUGCCCAACUCUGAAUCUGAAGAAGCCUUAUCUUAGAGAAGCUACAAAACUUUUGUUAUUCUAGUUUUAUUUAUGGAAUUGUUACUUUGACUUAAUUAGUUCUCAAUGUCCAUCCUGUUAUUUCAACAAUCAGCACUUGAAAAUGUUCUUUUUGGUCUCCCCCAAUGAGGUUUUGUUUAACUUGUGAGUAAAAACGUCAGUUCAUUUCUUGACGCUCACAUGUGAAUGUUAAUUUGCUGACUGUGUGGAAACCUUGAAAUCGAUGAAUUGAGCUUUCUGCUGUUUUGGGAAACAAUGUUUAAAGGUUUUUGAAUGAUUAAAUAAACCAUAAAGGAAAAAUCUCA